AUGGUUACAUGUAACUCCCUUUCCCUCUCUACUCACAGUCUCCUUUUCCAUAGCAGACAUCGUCUUCACCCUACAUGGAGGCGUUCCUGUUAUCACUCUUCUUCCUCCAAUGCUCUCCCAAAUAUUGAUGUAGCCAAAGUAUUGCAAAAAAGACCAAGAAAAAUUGAAGGUCCUAAAAAGAGCAUGGAAGACUCUGUUCAACGCAAGAUGGAGCAAUUUUACGAAGGAUCAGAUGGGCCACCUCUCCGCGUUCUUCCUAUUGGUGGAUUGGGUGAAAUUGGAAUGAAUUGUAUGCUUGUGGGGAAUCAUGAUCGAUAUAUCCUCAUUGACGCCGGAGUCAUGUUCCCAGACUAUGAUGAGCUUGGGGUUCAAAAGAUAAUACCUGACACAACAUUUAUUAAAAAAUGGAGCCACAAAAUUGAAGCAGUAGUUAUAACACACGGUCAUGAAGAUCAUAUUGGUGCAUUGCCUUGGCUUAGUUCUCUUCUGCACCAAGCUAGUACUAGUAAAGUGUUGGAAGAGGAGGAGAAAGACGAACCCAACUAUGAAGAGGAACAAAAUCUGACGAAACCCUAUCUACGAAGAGCUAAAGUUGUACAAUGGAAGCCUAAACCAAGUCAAGCUGAAGGGAAGAAACAAAUCCAUGCUGAAAAUGUGAAGGUUGUGGUGAAAAAGGCUGCCAAAGAAUCUGACAGUAGAGUCUCUCCUGAAAAGGAGAUUGCUGAGAUUGCUGGAGAUAUUACUUAA